AUGGAGGAAGUUAUGGAUCAAGAGGCAGCAAGAGAGGACAGCGGUCCCCUGAUCUUCUCAUCCUCUCGUGGAGAGCCGCAUGGCACCAAGGGCUUCCGGACACCUGUAGGAAACGCUGACACCUGCCGCUACCGGCCUCUGUUCCCGGUGUCUGACAGAUGUGACUACGUGUUCGUCAACGGCAAGGAGAUGAAGGGCAGGGUGAAUGUGGUGGUGAACUUCACCUACCAACAUCUGCAGGGUGCCCUGGAGAUGACAGUGUGGGUGCCCCAGCUGCCCCUGCACAUUGAGGUCUCAGACACCGAGCUCAACCAGAUCAAGGGCUGGAGGGUGCCCAUCGUCGCCAACAAGAGGCCAGCCCGGGACAGCGAGGAGGAGGACGAGGAGGAGCGGCGGGGCCGGGGCUGUGCCCUCCAGUACCAGCAUGCCAUGGUACGGGUCCUCACCCAGUUUGUGGCCGAGGCGGCCGAGCCUGAGGGGCACCUGGCUCACCUGCUGGGCUCCGACUGGCAAGUGGACAUCACCGAACUGGUGCAUGACUUCAUGAAGGUGGAGGAGCCCAGGAUUCUCCAGCUGCAGGGGGGACAAGUACUGAUAGGACAGGAGCUUGGGAUGACCACCAUUCAGGUCCUGUCGCCCCUGUCGGAUGCCAUCCUGGCCGAGAAGACCGUCAUGGUGCUGGACGAGAAGGUGACCAUCACGGACCUCGGCGUCCAGCUCGUGACAGGGCUGUCGCUGUCCCUGCAGCUCAGCCCAGGCAGCAACAGGGCCAUUUUUGCAACGGCAGUGGCCCAGGAGCUCCUGCAGAGGCCCAAGCAGGAAGCGGCCAUCAGUUGCUGGGUCCAGUUCAGUGACGGCUCUGUCACGCCCUUGGAUAUUUAUGAUGGGAAAGACUUCUCCCUCAUGGCAACAUCCCUGGAUGAGAAGGUGGUAUCUAUCCACCAAGACCCCAAAUUCAAGUGGCCUAAAAUCGCUGCUGAAACAGAAGGGCAGGGGCCGCUGGUGAAGGUGGAGAUGGUCAUCAGCGAGUCAUGCCAGAAGUCCAAGAGGAAGAGUGUGCUGGCCGUCGGGACCGCCAACAUCAAAGUUAAAUUCAGCCAAAACGAUGCCAACCCCAACACCAGUGACAGCAGGCAUGCUGGGGCAGGAGUUCACCUGGAGAAUCAUGUCAGUGACAGGAGGCCCAAGAAACCCCUGCAAGAAUGGGGGAGCCAAGAGGGGCAGUACUAUGGCAGUUCCUCAGUGGGCCUCACGGAAGGAAGGGGAACCACCACAGAGAGGUCAACCUUCCGGAGGAAGAAUGGCCAGGAGAGCGUUUUAGAUGAUGACAGCCAUUUCCAGACUAUCUCUGUGGACCUGACCAGCUUCCCAGCCCAGGUGGAUGUGCCCAGAAGCAGUGGGGGCAUGGAUGAGAAUGACCUCAUGCAGGCAUCCAAGGGGCUGAGCGACUUGGAGAUUGGGAUGUAUGCUCUGCUGGGCGUCUUCUGCCUGGCCAUUUUGGUCUUCCUCAUAAACUGCGUGGCCUUUGCUCUGAAAUACAGGCAUAAACAGGUUCCCUUUGAAGAGCAGGAAGGCAUGAGUCAUUCCCAUGACUGGGUCGGGCUGAGCAACCAGGCAGAACUGCUGGAGAACCACAUUAACUUCGCCUCCUCCCCAGAGGAGCAGAUUACGGCCAUCGACAGGGACUUCGAGGAGAGCAAGUAUCUCCUCAGCACAAACUCCCAGAAGAGCAGCAACGGCCAGCUGUUCAAGCCUUUGGGGCCCAUGGCCACUGACGGGAAAGACCAGAAGAGCGAGCCCCCCGCCUCCCCUACCUCGAAGCGGAAAAGAGUGAGAUUUACUACCUUCACCACCAUCUCCGCGGAAGACAGUGGCCCCACAACAAGCUCGCUCACGAUGAGCAGUGAGGACGACGUGAAGUGGGUCUGCCAAGACCUGGGCUCCGGAGAGUACAAAGAACUACACAACUACAUGGAAAGAUCACAUGAGAACGUGUAAGCAGACACACACACGUUGUUCCCACUCACCUCUCGGCCUUUAAUUUGGGGAUGCGUGGCCAUGCACCCCAAGGAGCAGUGAAAUGGCAGGAUGGGGCAAGGGUGACGCUGUCAACAGAGCCCCAGAACAGGGCCCUGAUUCAGCUGGGCCGGCCUUGAGUCAGAAUCAAUACACAUAUUUCACUCGUUCCAAGGGAAGUGGUUUAUCAUUCGUGGCAAGAUUUCUAAAACGUGGAGCAAAAUUGAGUUCUGAAUCACGGAGCUUCUGAGGGGUUCCAGGAAAGAACAGUCUCUCUCUUUAAUCAAAACAAUUUGGGUAUCGUACAAUCCACAUAGCUCCAGUGUUCAAUACUGCAGACUCUGGAUGGAAAGUGAGACCCGGGCUGAGCCUAAAUGGAUCAAUGAGAGGGAGUCUGUCCUUUGAUGUGGAGCAGCACCUCCUGCUUGAGCGAACUCAAAGGCAGAGCCUCGCACCACCCUCAGCUCUUAGAAAGCGUGACUGUGAUGCAGCAUCUCCCAAAGGUUGGGUCAGAUCUGGCCCUAAUUAUCGACAGACCAAGAAGACCGCUGACAAGGAUUAAAAGGGAACAAGCGGGCAAAUAGGCCACUGAUCUCUGUUACUGGAUUCUAAGAACAAACACAAAAAUCCUCCGAGUGGUUCAGAGCAUUCCUUCAUUUGUAAACUAGGGAUACUGGACACAGAACACCAAUCAGUUUUGAAGAACUAGGCUCUUUUUAGCCUGUUCAUCUUAAUGAGUUCUCAUGUCUAAAAUUUGUAUUUCUCUGUUGCAUUGCCACCUGUCCGAAAGCUGUUGACCCUUGGUCAGGGUGGGCGGGGAGGCAGUUUCCAGCUUCCCUGAGUCUCUUUCUGUUCCCUGGGCAUGGUGUCAGCUCCCAGGUGACGGUGUAUAGAGAAGUCACCCUGGGCGUACUUCACUCUGCCCUUCCCUGCAGAGAAUGGCCUUUGGGGACAAGCAGUCUUUACAGUGAACUCAACACCAACAUAUACCCUCCUUCGCCUUGCUUUCUAGAAACGAGAGAGGCUGUUUGUCACGGGUCUGUUGCCGCUCGCGUUGCAUCUGGUCUGAGGGUUUUCCUUCAAGGCCGCUGAGACGAAUCUAGGUGUCUGCGUGAAGUGCGAGGGCGGCUGGAAAGUUGGGACACUGGGUGUAGACGAGGUGGGAUUGGGCAGGUGGCAUCCCCCACCCCACAGCGUGAACAGAAUGGAAGCUUCUCCGCCUGGAAGAGAUGGAGGUUCCUGAGGUUCUGGCGUAAGGGGUGGAGAGGUGGCCAUGCUGUUCCAACGUCAGCCCCAGGGAUCCAGCCUGCUCAGAAUCAACGUUUCCCUGGAACAUUCCCUAAGUCCCCCUGAUGAGCUGCUUCUAGGAACUGUCUCACACGCACUCCGAGGCGGGAUGGUGGGGGAAGUAACUGCCGACUAGGAUGACCCUGAGGCCAAUGGUGUGGGGGGAGGGGGGAGAAGAGACUACACUGUUGAGUCCAACUCUGUGACACUCUGUCUCUUUCUCUGUCUCUCCAGAUCUCUCUCCCAAUUUCUCUCUUUCUCUGUGCCUCUCUCUGUGUCUCUGUGUAUCUCUGAACCACCAUUUCUCAUUCUCCUUGUCUUGCAUUCGCUCUGUCUCUGUGUCUGUCUCUAUCUCUGUCUCUUUUUCUCUCAUUCUUUCUUGCUCUUUCUCUUUUUCUCUCAUUGUCUCUCUCCUCCUCCCCACACCCCGUGCAUAUAAUCCCAUCCUCCUCAGGUACCAUGUGUCGAUCCCACAGUUGACCUCCUAAGCCUCAGCAUGCCGCCUCCAACGGUGCUGCGAGCAGUUUGCUGAGACCGGGUUCCUGAGAACCAGAUAUGACUUGCUCCUGUCCCCGAGUUUGCUUCCCAUUUGGUUGGGUGAUUAACUGGUCACCCCUUUCCGGUCAUAACAGUUUGCUUUCAGUAACCUCCUCCUCCCCUUUUCUGUUCUGAC